AAACAAGACAUAACUUGCUUUGUGCAUAAUGUCUCACCAGUAAAAAAAUCUGGACCAACAAGCUACUUUAACUGCCACCUUCAGACAGAGAAAGAUCUCAUUGGCAGUGUAUGCUUUGCAACUGAAAAGAAGGAAACUCUUGAUGCAAUGGCCGCACAAAGAUCACCGGUUAAAAUUUCAAAUUUUAACAUCAGCAAUAAGUAUGGACGAAGUGAUGUAGUAACAAACAGGAACACAACCAUCACUUCAACAACAGCUGAUUUUCCAUACAAAGCACAAGAUGAUGUCACAUCAAUUGCAUCCUUGUCAAAAGUAGCACCACAACAGCUAGUGUCAAUAAAAGGAAAGAUAUCACAUCUAAGUGCGACCAAAACUAUAGUCAUCCAAGAUUCUCCUGUCAAAAAACAGGAAGGCUAUAUAGUUGAUCCAUGUGGUUACAUAAAAGUUAUUUUCUGGGGUGAGCAUGUUGACAGCGUCACACCACAGUCCACCUAUUUCUUCAACAACUUGAGAAUGAAAGUAUCUCAGAAUCAAAGAUACUUGAACACACCAAAACAAGAUAAUUUAUACACCAUCAAGGACGCUGAACCCUUCAAACAAACAUUACCUGAAGUCAGUGACAUCUCAACAACAACAGAAACCAUUGGAGAAAUACUAGGAAUAAGCAGUGUCACCAAAUACAACUGUUUUUGUUCAUGUUCAAAAAAAGUUACAAUCAAGGGAAAAAUUGCAGUCUGCGAUAACUGCAAAGUAACACAAAAGGCAACCAGCUGCAGUGUAAAGUGGACACUCAAGAUCCAUAUCCAAAACUCCAAACAACCACUGCAGAAGCUUCAGCUACAGGUUUAUCAAGAAGCAGUGCCAAAGUUGUUUUCAAUU